CAAGACAAGACAAAAGGCAGGGCAGCAUGAGCCGAUCUCCACCCCCACCCAUCCAACUCAGACCCCUGGGCUCCCAGGAGACCCUGGCUCCUCUGCCACCAGCCCCCACUUCCCCCACUCCCCCUCACUCUUGGGUCUCUCUGCAUGGGCCUCUGCCCUGGGGCCUCAGCUGUCUUCUGGCUUUGCAGCAUAUCUUGGUCCUCACUUCACUGCUCUGUGCUUUCCACCUGCUCCUGCUUCAAAAUCUUCCCCCAGGGGGACUUUCUUACUCCCCUGCUCAGCUCCUGGCCUCCAGUCUCUUUUCGUGUGGUGUGUCUACUGCUCUGCAAACUUCAAUAGGCAGCAGGCUGCCUCUUGUCCAGGCUCCAUCCUUAGAGUCCCUUGUUCCUGCUUUGGUGCUGACCAGCCAGAAGCUACCUCUGGCCAUCCGGACAUCUGGAAACUCCUCCCUGCUGCGCUUGUGUGGGGGGCCUGGCUGCCAUAGCCCGGAGCUCUGGAACACAUCUCUCCGAGAAGUAUCUGGGGCAGUGGUGGUAUCCGGGCUGCUGCAGGCCAUGCUGGGGCUGUUCGGCGGUCUUGGCCAUGUGCUCCCCCACUGUGGGCCCCUGGUGCUGGCCCCCAGCCUGGUUGUGGCAGGGCUUUCUGUCCACAGGGAAGUGGCUCUGUUUUGCUCUGCUCACUGGGGCCUGGCCUUGCUGCUUAUCCUGCUCCUGGUGAUCUGUUCUCAGCACCUGGGUUCCUGCCAGUUACCCCCACUACCCUGGAGGCUAGCUUCAGACUCGUCAGUUCACACUCAAGUCCCUGCCUUCCGGCUGCUCUCGGUGCUGGUCCCAGUGGCCUGUGUGUGGGUCCUCUCUGCCCUGUUGGGUCUCAGCAGCGUCCCCUUGGAGCUGUCUGCCACCACCCAGGUACCGUGGUUCUGGCUGCCGCACCCAGCUGAAUGGGACUGGCCCUUGCUGACACCCAGGGCUUUGGCUGCAGGCAUCUCCAUGGCCUUGGCAGCCUCCACCAGCUCUCUGGGCUGCUACUCCCUGUGUGGUCGGCUGCUACAUUUGCCCUCACCACCUCCACAUGCCUGCAGUCGAGGUCUGGGCCUGGAAGGCCUGGGCAGUGUGCUGGCUGGGCUGUUGGGGAGCCCCAUGGGCACUGCAUCCAGUUUCCCCAAUGUGGGCACAAUGAGUCUUAUUCAGGCUGCGUCCCGGCGAGUGGCCUACUUGGUGGGGCUGCUCUCUGUGGUGCUGGGGCUCUCCCCGAGGCUGGCUCAGCUCCUCACCACCAUCCCACUGCCUGUCCUUGGUGGGGUGCUGGGGGUGACCCAGGCGGUGAUUCUGUCCACUGGAUUCUCCAGCUUCUACCUGGCUGACAUCGACUCUGGGAGGAAUGUUCUCAAUGUCGGCUUCUCCAUCUUCAUGGCCCUGCUGCUGCCAAGAUGGCUCCGGGAAGCCCCCGCCUUACUGAGCACAGGCUGGAGUCCCUUGGAUGUGUUACUGUGCUCACUGCUCAGAGAGCCCAUCUUCCUGGCUGGACUCCUGGGCUUCUUUCUAGAGAACACCGUUCCAGGAACACGGCUGGAGCGAGGUCUAGGUCAAGGGCUGCCAUCUCCUUUCGCUGCCCAAGAAGCUUGGUGGCCUCAGAAGUCCAGGGAGAAGGCUGCUCAAGAGUACCAGCUUCCUGUCCCUGUCCAAAACCUGUGUCCCUGCAUCCCUCAGCCCCUCCGUUGCCUCUGCCCACUGCCUGAUGACCCUGGGAAUGAGGAAAGAGGGUCCGCUGAGCCAGGAGAGACAGCUGACUUGCUAUCUGGUUUGGGGGAGCAGUGCCCUGGGUCUAACAGAGAACAUCGGUCCCAGUAAUUACCAGGCCUUCUAUAUCUGCCCUGGUUGGUAUAGCCUUAUCUCCCAAUUUGUUGGAGUUAGUUCCCAGGCUCUACUUUCUCCUAGAGAGAAUGUGUGUGGGUACAUGUGUGCAACCUCCUGUAUAAAAUGGGCCCACUUAGAAGCCCCACUUAGUUAGAUAUUGCCUUUCUUCAUUGGGCCAAAGUUCCACUGCAGGGGAGCAUGGUACAGAGGGCCAUGGAUGAAUGAAAUUCUGCUGGUGAACUAUCAAUACCAUUUGAACCCCAGCAUUUACUUGAUAAAUAUGAAUGACGCUGCUGGCAUUCAACGUCCUGGACCUUCCCAGAGGAAUAAGACAGGGUCCCUGCCUCACUCAAGGUACUUUCAGUUUAAAGAAAAACUUAUGUCAUUACUAACUAAAAUCCAAAAUAGAAAGCAGUCUGUAAUAAAGAUUUA